GCAAUACGUCGAACGUUUUACAGAAAUGGAUUUAUCAGCCGCAUUUUACUAGUUCCUUAUAUGACACAGGAAUAUGGCUGAUAUACUUCUCAAAUGCGAAUUUUCGAACCACCCUCAUCUGCCUACAUGGUGUUUGAAGAACGAGCCACUUCUCAAGUUGUUAAGCACUUCAUUGUGCUAAAGCUUUAAUCAGUAGUCAAUUAUAGAGGAACGCGAGCAGUUACUACGGAAUAAAUAAACUUCUUGUGAGAAAUAUGCGUUUCGUGAUUUUUGUGCUUAUCUGCUAUGUUGCCUUAGCAAUAAAGGCUGAUGACGAUGAAGAUUGCGAGGGAACACGAUGUAAAAAUGGUGAAUGCAUUGAUGAUCUGGACUGGUGUAAUGGAUCUGUGGAUUGCUUAGAUGGAUCUGAUGAAAUGGAUUGCAAAGCCAUAUUAUGCUCAGAUGCAUAUAAGAAAUGUCACUAUGGUGGUUGUAUACCCUUUGAAAAAUUUUGCGAUAAAGAAUUCGAUUGCUGGGAUGGCAGUGAUGAAUCGUUUUCAACUUGUGGUGUUACGUUUUGUAAACCCAAUAAAUUUCAAUGUGGAAGUGGCGGAUGCAUAGAUUUAAGCAAAAAAUGUGACGGCAAAUUCGAUUGUCCUGAUCAAACCGACGAAUAUCCGCCCUUGUGUGGCUGAAUGCCGUCAUUUAAGUCUUUCCUAAACUAUAUUUUCAACACAUUUUAAAAAUGUGUCGCAAAUGUGAAUAUCAAAGAAAACAAACAAACAUUUUCUCUUAAUGCGAAUAGUGUAACUCUUCAUAUAUGUAUUAUUUAAAUAUAAA